GACUGGCCUGGGAGCGGGGGCGGCGGCCCGAGAGAUGCGCCAGGAGAGUUGUGCCGCGAGCCUCCGCCUCUUUUUUGAAACCGCGAAGCGGUUCCCUGGAGGCCAAGCGCCACGCCGCCCGGGCACCCGGCAGCUCGCGAGGUGGAACGAGCCGUCGCUGCGGGGACAGCGUUCCGACGCAGUUGGUCCUCUCCGGGGUGCCGUAGGCAUCAGCUGACCGGCCCAGCGCACGUGACUACAGGGGCACUUGAUGGGAAUCAUGGCAGCCUCCCGGCCACUGUCCCGCUUCUGGGAGUGGGGAAAGAACAUCGUCUGCGUGGGGAGGAACUACGCGGACCACGUCAAGGAGAUGCGCAGCGCGGUGUUGAGCGAGCCCGUGCUGUUCCUGAAGCCCUCCACGGCCUACGCGCCCGAGGGCUCGCCCAUCCUCAUGCCCGCGUACACUCGCAACCUGCACCACGAGCUGGAGCUGGGCGUGGUGAUGGGCAAGCGCUGCCGCGCGGUCCCCGAGGCCGCGGCCAUGGACUACGUGGGCGGUUAUGCCCUGUGCCUAGAUAUGACCGCCCGGGACGUGCAGGACGAGUGCAAGAAGAAGGGGCUGCCCUGGACUCUGGCCAAGAGCUUCACGGCGUCCUGCCCGGUCAGCGCGUUUGUGCCCAAGGAGAAGAUCCCUGACCCUCACAAGCUGAAGCUCUGGCUCAAGGUCAACGGCGAACUCAGACAGGAGGGUGAGACAGCCUCCAUGAUUUUUUCCAUCCCCUACAUCAUCAGCUAUGUUUCUAAGAUCAUAACCUUGGAAGAAGGAGAUAUUAUCUUGACUGGGACGCCAAAGGGAGUUGGACCGGUUAAAGAAAACGAUGAGAUCGAGGCUGGCAUACAUGGGCUGGUCAGUAUGAGAUUUAAGGUGGAAAAGCCAGAAUAUUGAGUUAUUUCUUUACAAGUUUCGGGAGAGAAGGGAGCAAGACAAGAGCAAACAACGGCUAUUAAAUGUCACAAUCCUUUAAUAAGAAACCAUUUAUUGGCUGGGCGCGGUGGCUCACGCCUGUAAUCCCAGCACUUUGGGAGGCUGGGGCGGGCGGAUCUCGAGGUCAGGAGAUCGAGACCAUCCUGGCUGACACAGUGAAACCCCGUCUCUACUAAAAAUACAAAAAAUUAGCCGGGCGUGGUGGCGGGCGCCUGUAGUCCCAGCUACUCGGGAGGCUGAGGCAGGAGAAUGGCGUGAACCCGGGAGGCGGAGCUUGCAGUGAGCCGAGAUCACACCACUGCACUCCAGCCUGGACAACAGAGCGAGACUCCGUCUCAAAAA